AUGCCCCGCUUCGCCCUGUCCCGGCCGGACAUCCACCUGCCUCUGCCGAAGCCCCUCCGUGCUCUUCCUCCGGCCGUGGUAUGGCAGAUUCUGCUCCUGAUUUCCGUGAACAUCAUCGUAUGGGUGGUCAUCGGUAUCAUCCUGCACUUCUACCCGGUGCUCAUCUCCUCUGCCGUCCUAUCAUACACCCUCGGUCUGCGCCAUGCCCUCGAUGCCGACCACAUCAGCGCCAUCGACCUCAUGACCCGCCGCCUCAUCGCGGCCGGCCAGCGUCCCGUGAGCGUCGGCACAUGGUUUAGCCUGGGCCAUUCAACCAUCGUGAUCAUCACCUGCGUGGUCGUCGCCGCCACGAGCGGCGCACUGAGGGACCGCUUCGACGGCUUCCAAAGAGUCGGCAACAUCGUGGGCACCAGCGUCAGCGCCGCAUUCCUGCUCAUCCUCUGCGCCGGCAACGCCUGGGUCCUAUUCCGUCUGGUCAAGAGGCUCAGGACGCUCCUUGAGGGCCAGCGCCGGCAGAUCCGGGACGGCGAGGAGGCGCAGGGCCCGGGGGAGGAGGACACCGCGGCCGCGCAGCUGUCGCUCGAGGGCGUCGGCUUCCUGUCGAACGUCUUCCGGAAGCUAUUCCGCAUUGUGGACCGCCCGUGGAAGAUGUACCCCCUUGGCGUCAUGUUUGGUCUGGGCUUUGAUACCAGCUCUGAGAUCGCCAUACUUGGGAUUGCCAGCAUCCAAGGGGCCGCUGGCACAAGCUUGUGGCUGAUCUUGGUGUUCCCGGUCCUGUUUACUGCUGGCAUGUGUCUCCUCGACACGACAGACGGAGCUCUGAUGAUGGCCCUGUAUACCUCCAAGGCCUUCUCAAGGGACCAUAUCGCGAUCCUGUAUUACUCGAUUGUUCUCACAGGGAUCACCAUUGUCGUUUCGGCCUUCAUUGGAGUCAUUCAGGUUCUGACGCUGGUGCUGAACGUUGCUGAGCCGGAAGGCAGCUUCUGGGACGGUGUCGGGGCCGUCGGAGACAACUUCGAAAUUAUUGGUGGCAGUAUCUGUGGGCUGUUCCUCAUUGUCGGUUUGGGCUCGGUGAUAGUGUACCGACCCUGGAGGAGGAGGGUAGACCGAGGAGCACUGUUGAACGCUCCGCCUGAUGCGGCGUUUGACGCUGGUGCGAGUGACACCAGGGCACCAGAAGGCGAGGGAGACCAGACGGGCCAACAGGUUGCGUAG